AUGAAGAGCCUUUUUCAAUGGGAUCAAAAUUCUUCUUUAAUUGCUUCUGUGAUAAUCAUAAUCUUUCUGUUAACAGGCAUUCUUCGUAACUGCUGUGAAGCCUACAAUGUUGGUCUCCUAGAAGCAAAAAUAUUUUCUGGUCCAUCGAGAGAGCAGUUUGGAUAUGCAGUUCAACAGUUUAUAAAUGAACAAGGCAAAUGGUUGUUGGUUGGUUCACCCUGGAGUGGCUAUCCGGCUAACAGAACUGGAGAUAUCUAUGCAUGUCCUGUUGGUACAUCCAAAACCACAUGUAAAAAACUGAAUUUACAAGCUUUAAUAAAUAUUCCAAAUGUGACUGAGAUAAAGGAAGACAUGAACCUUGGCUUGACUCUGAUACAGAACUCAGAAACAGGAGGAUUUUUG